CCAUUAAUUCAAAAGAAGAAGAUGAAGACUACGACUAAGAACCGUAUAGCAGAAUCUUUGCUUGUCCAUCAGUGCAUGCCUUUUUUUCUUACUUCUUCAUAAAAACUGGUUGAAUUCGUGUCGAGAGUGUACUGAUCUUCGUAAACAAUUAUUUGUGUAUUAAUUCAGCUACUCUACGACAACUUUUAGCUAUUGCCGGUUACCAGGGUAGCUAAUUAUGACGACGUAGCACUAGUUCAAUGAAAGACAAUUUUCGAAUGUAUGUAGCUAGCUAACUACAGUUUUGUACUCACCAGAAUAUACACAAAAUAUUAGAGAAUUCUUUAUCCCCUCUCAAGAUGUUUGCAGAAUUGAAUAGUAUUCUCAACAGCAGUCCCGAAAGUUUCAAGCAGGGAGAGUUUAUCUUGGUGUCUGACAGACAGACAGACGCAUCCUUCCUCAUUCACCAUUUCCUCUCAUUUUAUUUACGAGCAGGCUGCAAGGUGUGUUUCCUCGGUCUUGUGCAGUCCUUCAGUCACUACAGUGCAGUAAGUCAACGGUUGGGUGUGAGUUUGAACCAGGCGAGGGAGAAAGGGCAGCUGGUGUUCUUAGAGGGAUUGAAGGAAUCCCUGGGGGUGCUGCUUCAGGGCGACACCAGCAAUGGAACCCCAGCUCUGGACUUCCUCAGAGAUCCCAGUUCCGGCCUACGAGGUCUGUAUGACUUUGUGCACGGCAACAUUAGGGGUUCAGAGGGUCGAGCUGAGGAUUGGGGUCCCCCUGUGCUCAUGGUAGAUGACCUCAGUGUUGUUCUGAGUCUUGGGGUCAGCGUUGGUGCGGUGCUGGAUUUCAGCCAUUACUGCAGAGCCACCUUCUGCUCUGAGUUGCAGGGAACCAUGGUGAUAUUAGUUCGAUGUGAAGCAGAAGAGGAGGAAGAGGAGAGCGAUGAGGGCUCUGAGCGGCUCCAGAGGGGCCUUACACACCAAUGCAGCCUUACACUCCAAGUACAGGGUCUCCCCACUGGCUACUGCAGGGACAUCCAUGGAGAAGUAGAAGUGUGCUGGCGGGGUCGAUGUGACGGGCUGCAGAUCCAGAGGAAGCUUUUCCAGUAUAAAGUCUGUGACAAGGGGACAUUGUUUUUUGCCAGGGGGACAUCCAGUGCAGUCCUCUAACACCUCUGCUCCCUUCUCAGGCCUUGGCCUCCUUUAGGCAAUUCAUGGUUCCCUAGGCACCCAACAACACUGAGCACUAAUUGUUGGAGAGAGAGUGACAGAUAACUGUCUGCUGCCUUCAGUCAAAUAAAUUUUUCAGUUGUAUUUUUUUUUACUGAAUGGAAAGACGGCAUUAGAAUGUCAUUGUGGGAUGCGGAUGAAGGAAGGGCAGUAGAUGUCUUUAUUGCCUUUGUGUUUCAAUUAGGCUAUUUGUUGAGAUGCAAUUAGCAAUUUCAACUGUUAAUUAUGUUUAUGAUUAUAGACAUAAUUAACGGUUUAAAAUGUUGAAUUUAAUUGAUCAAUUCAUUUUUGCUAAAGAACCAACCAAAGACCCAUGUGUUGCAAACCUGAGCGUAAGCUAAUAUGGAAUUGAUGUGGAAACUGAACUGACUAGGUUCUGGUUCUAAUUAAAGUUUCAGCACUGCUCUAUUUACUUAUUUAUUGCCAUAAAAAAAAAA